UAAAAGUGAAUAUUAAACCACGCUACGUUGCAAUUCUCUCUCUGUCCACAGGGUGGAGACAUGCUCCACUGAGAACAGUGAACUACGCAGAAAAGUCGAGACACUUGAGUGCACCAACAAGUCCCUGUUGCAACAGCUGCAGUCGCUGCAGGCGGUGGUUGCAGGAAAGGUCCCGCGGUCCUGCAGGAUGACGGGCACCCAGACCUCCACAUGCCUCAUGGUAGUGGUGUUGUGUUUCUCUCUGUUCUUGGGGAGUUUCUAUCAAGGCCUGGGUCCCUGUUCUUCAAUCACCAAAACAGACCUGGCCAGAGACAUUUCCAUACAUGAGACAUACACUACUACAGUGAAGUCCCGCAACCUGUUGGCCUUUAAGGAGCACGGGGGGCUGGACGACCCCCAUUUCAUCGGCCUGGGAGGAGAAUAUCCUGAACGGGAUGGGCAGGUUGACGUCAUGGCAACUUGGCGUUUGGAACAGCAGCGCAAACAGGAACAGGCGGACCUGCGUGAGACAGAGCCACACCCACAUUUAAUAAAGACCAACGAAACGCAUGAGCACAACGCGUUUCUCAUAGACCUGCACGCACACAGGUCGGACAAAUAGUCAAAUGAGACCGCAAAAGUCAUACAGUUGGAGAGGACGGUCAAUGAGACAUCCUGAGGUUUGGCUGGCCCCCUCUCUCUUCCCCUCCCACCCCAUGUCCCGUAUCCCCCUCUCUCUCUCCCUGCAGUGGCGGGGCGAUAGGCUCUGUAUUUAUAGAUAUACUUUAAGUAUUGGUUUACUUAACUGAGUUCUCCUUUUUUUAAGAUAAAAACAAAAAUGUAUUUUUUAUUCCAUUCCAGCAGUAUAUGUAAUUUUGUUACUUUAUGCACACUGUUCUGCUUUAUUUUCUGUUUUUUUACAUGCUUUACAUUUUAUUUUCAUGCAUUUAAUUUACAUGCUUUAAAUUUGUUUUAAUGCAUGUAACUUGGUUUUCUUUAUUUUUUGCCUAUUAGCCCCAUGCUAUGGAGAACAUGUGUAGUAAUAUAUUGGAAUUAUUAUAGUUUUCGCAUUACACAUUGAAUGACUCGGGCUGUGGGGCUGGAUUUAUGGUAUUAUGUAGCAUGUCUCAUUCAUCCAAAGAUUUAAUGCAAAGAUUCCUAACUGAAACAAAAGAAAAUCUGAAAGAUUCUGUUAAAAAAAGAUAACAUACCAAACAACAUAUUUACAGUUUGAACAUGGGAACUUUCCAAAGCAUUUAAAAAUGUUUUCUAAAUGUGUCAUCUGUCUUUUGUGAUUUGUAAAUAUUUGUCAUAUCCUCUGUCGUAUUGUUGGGAAUAGAAAUUAAUUCAUCUACUUUUUGUUAACGGAGGGUAAUAAAGAGAAAUGACAUGGACAUGACAUGACAGGAUGGAGUCUCCGACCCUGGAACACACGAUCCAUAGUCCCUCAUAUGAAGUUGCCUUCUUUUAUUUGGUUUAAGGUCUAUAAAGGACAGAUGGCGCUUUUUGUCCUUGGCUGGCCACCAUCCAAACCGUCUCUGCUCUCUUCUGUGGACAAUAGAAGCUCGCUGACCAGUCUAUAGCGUUCUUUUGCCCAGAUUUGAAUGGUUUUGAUACCCGUAGUUAAGAGAUAUGUGUCAUGGGCCUUUGAGCGGGCAUGUGAUGAACUUGCACUGUGUCCCUAUGAAAUAUAUCUGUUAUUUAUUAUUUUUAGCAUGCCUGCAACCCUUUUUAUCCUGGAGAUGAGCAUUGUGAAGAUUUCUUCCCAUGUGAUGUAUUCAGACGUUUGAAUUGCAUUGGAAAAUGUGAUGCAGAGAUAAUUUUGUAUACGAGUUUGGUGUGCAACUUCUGUAUUUGUUGUGGCCUAAUAUAUGAGUGAUAUAUUAAUCUUCUCACUCUUAUAAAAUGCCCACCGAUUGUCCUAUGCACCUCUACAUUUUCAUUGUAUCACAAUUCAAUUUUAUGCUCUUUAAAAAUCACUCUUGCCUUGUCCUGUUUUCUGCAAAGCAAAUAAAUAUUUUCCUUAGUAAAAGCAUUUUAAA